ACUACCACUCUUCCUUUCUUAGCCUCAUCAAGAUUACGGGGGUUCUCCCAAUUUAGGGUUUAUCAGACGCCUGGCCACACCUAGUUUAUCAAAGAAGUAUUAGAGGAAUAGGCUUGCUCAGGUUGUUUACAGGUUGAAGCAACGCUUGCGAAGACUUGGCAUCCGAGCUCUUCCUCUCCAGUCAUCAAAAAUACAUCUGGUGAGAUCCAAUGGAAGAUGUCCCACCGCCUUCGGCGGCAAACAGCGAGUUUGCGACUGGAGACGUUGUCGGAAAUAUUUAUCAAGGACGCGUACAGAAUGAAGGGCAGCCGCCACUGCCGCAGGGUGCUAAUCCCGCGAGCAAUCCCGCCUUUCAAGGUCAGUACCAGCAAAUCUACGAUCCAUCGCCCAACGCGUUCUCCGGUCAACUCGAGAUGUCUCACGCCCAAGGACCGACUCGUCAGGGCCCUUACAAUAUGACCGCGAUGGCUGCCGCGCUUCCACCAUCCGGAUAUCGACCUAACUAUAACCAAGGACAGCCACAGCAACGAUACAACGCCGCUCCUUCGUCUAACAUGAUUCAACCUAUGCCACAAAUCACUCAGUUCGCAGGACCGCCGAAUAUGCCCCAACUUGGAGGUCAACCCUACUAUGUAACUCAACACCCGCAGAUGUCGUCCUACUAUAAUGCCCAAUUUUCGUCGCCGCAACAACAACAACACCAGGCGCCACAGCAGCCGAACAUGUCUCCGCGGCAUAACUUAAACUACUACUCGAACCAAGUCAUGAUGAACCCGUCCCAGCAUCCCCUUUCCGCCGGCGCCUACUAUUAUCCUCCAUCGAACCAAUAUCAACCUUCGCAUUCGGCUAUCCAAAACCAGAUGAACCCAGGACAGUAUGUCUUAGCGGAUGGCUCAUCGAACAACCUAAGGGAUGUCUCACCGCCACAUGUCAACGAUCAAACGAAUUUGGUCACGAAUUUCGUUCGGGGUGAUACUACUACGGACUCACGAUCUAACAUUGUCCGAGGCCCUCCCCGGAAACCCCGACAAAGCGGCCAUGCGAUCUGGAUAGGGAAUCUACCUCCGCAAACCGACUUGAUGAGCCUAGUCCGCCAUGUAUGCAAAGAGGCGCCGGGACUGGAAUCGCUUUUCCUCAUAUCUAAGAGUAACUGCGCUUUUGCGAAUUUCAAAGACGAACAAAGCUGCGUCGAGGCCCAACAUAAACUUCACGACUCAAAAUUUCAAUCGGUACGAUUAGUCAGUAGGCUACGAAAGAGUACGGUUGAGGGGGUAGGUGGACAAACGGCGCCGACAGGGCCAGCAGCAACUUCACCUGAUGGACCAAAUUCUUCAGCCGAAUCUAUGAAAAGCCCUCGAAGAAAGCACUCGGAAUCAGCGACACCGGUAUCCGAGACACAAAACGAGUCCCGAAACGUGGCAAGCGGUGAUGCCAGUCCACAAAAGGACAAAUUCUUUAUAUUAAAAAGUCUUACGGUGGAAGAUUUGGAGCUGAGCGUUCGAACCGGCGUGUGGGCAACUCAGGCACAUAAUGAAGAAGUAUUGAAUAAUGCGUUUAACGUGGUUGAUAAUGUUUAUUUGGUAUUUUCCGCGAACAAAUCGGGAGAAUACUUUGGCUAUGCCAGAAUGACCUCGCCUAUAAACGACGAUCCGGCGGCCGCUAUUGAAUUUGCGCCCAAGGCGCAAACUACAAGUGACUUGGACCUACCUAAAGCUAUUCCAACUGAAGCUACGGAUACUUGCCCUCGAGGACGAAUAAUCGACGACUCGGCUCGGGGAACUAUAUUCUGGGAAGUGGAAAGGGACGACGCCGAUUCGACCGCGGACACGGAGGAUUCCGACGACACCGCGAGCGCUAGAAGCACGCAGGAAGGCGAGGGAGGGCCUAACAGAGCAUGGGGCAAACCAUUCAAGCUCGAGUGGCUUUCGACUACGAAGCUUCCAUUCUACCGAACACGCGGACUGCGGAACCCCUGGAAUUCGAACAGGGAGGUUAAGAUAGCAAGAGAUGGGACCGAACUGGAGCCGUCGGUUGGUAGGAGACUAAUCGGGCUAUUCAACCGCAUUCAGAGUCCCGGUCCAAUCAUGGGAGCAAGGCCCGGAAUGCCCAUCGUUGCAGGAUAUCCACCACCGACUAUGCCUCCUCCGUACCGAUGACGAGGGGCGUGACCCCGUAUAGUGGGCGCAAAGCCGCCGAAAGCCAGGGAGGUGGCAAAAAAAAAAUGUCGAGCUAGCCUGGGCUGGCUAUGCUGAGCGUAGCAGGCAUAAGCAAGCAAGCAAGCCAAAAAAGAAUGCUGGGCCGAAGGUACAGCUUGUCGUUGUAUAUACACGCUUUCGAGGGUGAAGAGGGAAAAAAGUGGCGCUUGGCGCCUUCAUGAUAUUGUACUAUAGAUAGCGCCCCACAGGGAAGCCAUGGUUGCAGUUGGUCUAUAGUAGCGAUAUAAUGAAGAAGAAACACGACGGAAACGCCAUUUG